CCCGGCUGGUGGGCGGCCGUUGGUUUGGUUGGGACGGAAGUCGUUCGAGCGGCGCAUGAGGGGAGUGGAGUGGAGGCCGGAGAUUGUGUCUGGUGCACGAGAAAGGGUGGAGUUAAAAUAACAAUUGGAAAAAGAUGAGUUCUUACAAACCAACCGUGAUCCAGCACUACCCGAAACUUGGAAACACAGUCACACAAGACACGCUAUAUUGGAAAAAAUAUAGGCCUCCAGUUCAGAUCAAAGAGUUUGGUGCUGUGACACACAUAGAUAUCUCUUCAGUUGCUCCCUACAACUAUGCUGUAACUGCCUCUACAAGGAUCCACAUAUAUGGUCGAUAUUCUCAAGAGCCCAUAAAAACAUUCUCCCGAUUUAAUGACACAGCGUACUGUGGCACGUACAGAGAAGAUGGAAAGCUGCUUGUUGCAGGCUGUGAGGAUGGUGUUAUUCGCCUUUUUGACGUUGAUGGGCGUGCAGCACUACGACAGUACAAUGGACAUACAAAAGCGGUUCAAGUAACUGCAUUCACAUCUGACAAAUACCGUUUGAUGUCUGGGUCAGAUGAUUACACAGUUCGGCUUUGGGACAUUCCAACUGCAUCAAAACUCUGCACCUUUACAGAACACACCGAUUAUGUACGAUGCGGUUGCACCAGCAAUUUGAAUGCUGAUGUCUUUGUAACAGGUUCAUAUGAUCACACGGUGAAGGUAUUUGAUGCCCGAAUGGAUCAAAGCGUGAUGACUAUGGACCACGGGCAACCAGUAGAGAGUGUGUUGCUUUUUCCAUCAGGUGGACUUCUUGUAUCAGCAGGUGGUCGAUUUGUAAAAGUCUGGGACAUGUUAAAAGGAGGUCAGUUGUUGGCUUCAUUACGAAACCACCACAAGACUGUCACGUGCCUGUGUUUAAGCAGUUCGGGGGAGAGGCUGCUCUCAGGCUCCCUUGAUAGGCAUGUCAAAAUAUACAGUACAUCCACCUACAAAGUAGUGCACAACAUUAAUUAUGCAGCAUCCAUUCUGAGCUUAGCUUUAGCACCUGAAAAUGAAGCCAUUGUGGUAGGAAUGGCUAACAGUGUCCUAAAUAUCAGACAUCGGAAACGGCAUGACAAGAAGAAUGAGGUCGGUGAGGUUACAAAAAAGAGAAAGAGACCAUCUUACAAAUAUUUCAUUAAAGGAAAAGACUACAUGCCAAAAAAGAAUGAUUUUUUGGUCAGUAAGCCAGUGCGACAACAUCUAAAGAAAUAUGACAAGCUGUUGAAAAGUUUUGAAGUGUCACGUGCACUAGAUGCUGUAUUGCAGUCAAAUAUCAGGGUGAAGAACCCAGAAGUUACCAUUGGUGUUAUGCAAGAACUUAACCGCAGAGGGACACUUCAAAAUGCACUUGCAGGACGAGAUGAAAAACAGCUUGCUGUUAUACUUAACUUUCUUAACAGGAAUGUUGUUGAUCCAAGGUUCACAGCUGUUUUAGUAAAUGUUGCAGAGAUUAUUAUUGGUAUUUACAGUUCUGUGAUUGGUGAGUCAUCAGUGAUCGACAAGCAAUUCAUGAAGCUGCAAGAACUGACAGAAAGGGAGAUUGAUUAUCAAGAGGAACUGUUGGGAGUGCUUGGAAUGAUGGACACACUUUUUGCUACCAUGACAACCAAAAAGGAAGCAGUUGUACCCAGAAAUCUGAAUUGUGCCUUAAUUACUGGAGCAGAACAAGCAAAACCAAUGGCAAUUGCCUAGAAUCGGGCCUCCAUACUCUCAUUUGUGAGGUGGACUAGCACUAUUUUAUCUUGCUGUAAGCACCACAGAUUUGAAGGCAAACAUUGUAAAAUGCUCGUGUUGUUUACCUGCAUAUUUUCUGUCGUGCAAUAUGAAAGCAAAAGUAUUGCUAUGUUCCGUGAGUUUGACGUGACAUGCAAGGAAAAUGCAGCUACCGUGAACAAUAAUUUAGUAGAGAAUAUUUUUAUACCGUCUAUGUUCUGAAGGGACAACAAAUCUUUUGCAAUUGUGAGUUAUGCCUUCAAAAGUUUAGGCACCAAGUUGUGGACAAAAAGGCUCUGCAGAAAUUAUUAUCUCGAUCAAAGACUUGUAUCAUGGACAAUUAAGGCUUUUAACUUCAUCAGGUACCAAAUUAUCCGUGGUGCAUUCUUGCAGCACUCUUGUUUGACAUUAUUGGAAUACAGAGCCCAAUUCUUACAUUAUUUUCUUGAAAUAAGUUGAUACUGUCCAAAAUAAUUUUUAAAGAGCAAGUUGCUAAGAUGACACCUGUUCCCCGGAGAUAAAGAGCCAGCAAGAAUGGCUCACUGCUAGUAACCAUUAUGGAGAAGAAACAUAAUUAUGAGCAUAGUUACAAGUUCAUCAAUGUCACCUGACAUUUAUAUACUUAGUGGAUGAAUAUCUGGGAACCACGAUGUUGAGAUGUGAAGGUCAAUAAAUUUUAAGAAGUGUCCUGAGAAACCUAAUCUUUGUGAAGUGAUGGGUAAUCUUCAAUUAUCUUUACUCGCCCAGUCAAGAGAGGAGUAAACUACCAACAUAAUAGUCUUUCCUUUUUGAUAUCAUAGUCACACAGGUGGAAACGGGCUCUUUGGCCCAACUUGCCCACACCAACCAACAUGUUAACCAUCUACACUAGUCCCACCUGCCUGCAUUUGGCCCACAUCUCUCUAAACCUGUCCUAUCCAUGUACCUGCCUAAUUAUUUCUUAAACGGUGGAAUAGCUCCUGCCUCAACCACUUCUUCUGGCAGCUUAUUCCAUACACCUACCAGCCUUUGCGUGAAAAUUUUACACUUCAGAUUCCUGUUAAAUCUUUUUCCCUUCUCAAUUCCGCUACUCUGGGCACGAGACUCGGUGCGAUUACCCGAGCUAUUCCUCCCAUGAUUUUAUGCACCUCUAUAAGAUCACCCCUCAUCCUCCUGUGCGUCAAGUAAUAGAGUCCCAGCUUGCUCAACCUCUCCCUACAGCACGGACCCUCUAGACCUGGCACCAUCCUCGUGAAUCUCCUCUGUUCCCCCUGCAGCGUGACAUCUUUUCUGUAACAUGGUGCCCAGAACUCAACGCAAUACUCUAAAUGCGGCCUCACUAACGUCUUCCACAACUGCAACAUGACCUCCCAUCUUCUAUACUUAUAUCCAUUAUUAACUUUAUACCAGGAAUGUUUGGCCGAGAAGAUCUACCUCUCCUAUUAUAUUCCUCAUGGUCAAACUGUCGUGAGUUAUCUCUUGGGUUCUAAAGAAAAGCCUCUUGCGAAAUUUUUCUCCCACACAAAUUUUGUGCUGUAUUUUUUAAUUAUAAUUUAUAAUUGUGAAGAAUGAACCAUUGCAGUAAUUAUUUGUCAAAGUGAUCCCGUAAGGAAUUUUAUCUUGGAGAAAUUCAGCAGGUGCAGCAGCAUCUAUGGAGCGAAGGAAAUAGUCAACGUUUCGGGCCGAAACCCGUCUUCAGACUGAAACGUUGCCUAUUUUCAUCGCUCCAUAGAUGCUGCUGCACCCGCUGAGUUUCUCCAGCAUUUUUGUGUGCCUUCGAUUUUCCAGCAUCUGCAGUUCCUUCUUAAACACAAAGGAAUUUUAUCUUGAUGUCUCAUGUUAUUAUGUGAAAAAACUUUCAAGGACCCAAUCGUUGAAAAUGUUUCUGCACUGCAAAGACAAUUUGAAACAGAAAUGCCAAAUAGGGAAUGUCUGACAAUGUGUUAAUUAGUUCGAUGUUACAGAACUCUAGACUAUUCUUACUUGAGUUAUCAAGGAAAUGCUAGCAAUAAAAUUAAUUCACUAUCUUUGUUCCAGGAAUUUCUCCCCUAUCAACUUCAAUAACUCUGCUAUAUUUGAAACUAUAGCUUGCAAUACUUGCAACAGAAUUUUUGCACUUCAGCAAUUAGGUCUACUGCCAGGUAAUUAUCAGUAACUAUGAUGCUAGUAAUCUCAGUGGGUGUAUCAUCAGUUUUCUCAGAUGUUUGUGUGGAUCAUGGCCAAGUUAAUGAGAUCCUGAAUUUCCUAUGUGGAUACAAGGAAUUGCAAAUGCCAAUUUACUGAACAAGGUACAAAGUGCUGGAAUAACUCAGCGGGUCAGGCAGCAUCCCUGGUGAACAUGGAUAGGCGAUGUUUAGGAUCUGAAGAAUGGUCCCAACACGAAACGUCAUGUCCUCCAGAGAUGCUGCCUGACCCGCUGGAUUACCCCAGCACUUUGUGUCCUGAACGUCCUAUGGUUGCUUUUAGAUAGUUUUGAGGAGGACAUAGUCAGAAAUACAAAGUGGCUCAAGUGCUGAGAUCGCCCCUUUUCUGAGAGGAAAGGCUUGAUGUUACUUGUUCACUGCUUAACAAACAAUGUGGGGAAGUUUCAAAAUUAAGAUAAUGGUUUUCAGACAAGUACUUGGGAAAAGAAUUGUCAGACAUUACAUUUCCCUUCAUCGUGUUUCCAAUAUGUGGCAAUGUUUGAGCCAGUGUCCAAAAGGUACCGAAAUUGGAUUUAUUUAAAAAUAAAGAUUGCUGGUUCACAAACCUGA